GAAAGUGUUAGGAGGAGAGGUUGCGUGAGGCGAGAUGUGUCAGUGUGAGAGCUGGACGUGCUGGGGGAGGGUGUGCGACGCUCUCACUCAACCUGGAUGAAAUUCUACCGUGGGUGUCCAGGUCCAAGCUAUAUAUUAGUUACGCCAGCCUCACACUCACUCUUGAAAUUUGGGAAGUACCAAUAGACAAAAGUGUUAAGGCGGAUUAAAUGAAAACCAGAGGUUGAAACAAUUAAGGCAGCUACAUGUAUAUGGACUCCAACGACGUUAGUGUAAUAUAAUUUCAUUGAUUGGUAAUGUGAAUGUAAACGCCUAGUGACAUUGAACAUGCUUCUGGCCACAGCAAGAACAACACAAUAUUGUCAUGGACAUUAGGAAAAUAUAACCACAAUGGAGAAAUGAUUUUUAAUAUCGUGAUCACUACCUCCACAGAACUUAUAUACAAGUAAACAAGCCUUGCUACAUAUUCAAGUUGAAGUAAGUUUAUUGAGACAAGAAAAAAAAUCUCAAAGGGAUAGAGUAGCUUAGGCUAUUGCUACCCCCCCCCCUACCUUGCUACAUAUUUAUCUAAAAUCAAAUAAAAGUAUAAGGGAAACAAAUAUAAUAUGCAUGAAUUAGUAACAAGCAUCCGAGGGCUUAAAAGGUGAUAAACAUUAAAUAUUAAAGAGCGAUUGCUCCAUCGCGCUGGUUGGUGUUCCUGGCUGCAGCCAUCAGAGGCUAGCGGUCAGCCAGACUGGGAACUACUCCAGCUCCACACUCCACCACCCAUACAGGCACGCCAGUCCUCUCUACACUAACCAUCUACAACAAGAACAUUCCUCUGCACAAGAUACAUAACGUUGUGAUGCUGGACAUAUUCUUUGGACUCGACAACUCGUGUGCUUCGGGACAAAUGUAAUAUUUUUGUUAAAUUAUAGUGAAAGUCCUGUGUUUUCCACGGUAAACAUAAUUUAAUGAUUUUAAUGAAAAAUUGUGUUGUGUUAAUAUAUUAAAACGAGUUCUGGAAAAUCAAUUCGACGAGUUAGUGUUAUGAAAGCGUUUACGAGCAAAGAAAAGAUUGCUUGUUGAGACAGUACGAAACUGGUAAUUCAGUUCUUGUCGCUGCUUGUGCCCAUACAACUAACAUAGUCUAAUUGGUCAAUAAAGAGCCGUACGUGACCUUGUAGUAGUGACGAGCAAGUAUAAUGUUAUCCAACGGCUAUACAGCAGUCGCUCAGGAAGAUGGUGAUCACUACUAUCUCAGGGAAGAGGCAUAACGCGUUGGACCCCACAUGUUCUGGUGAUUAGUGAAUGACACAGGUGCACUGACCAUCUGGCAGGUGCCUGGAGCAGCGUGAGAACGCCAAGAGGUGGCAGAAAACGCAGGAGAAUAAGUGCAACAAGUGGCUGGCACCAGGAUGGCGGGCUUAGGCACCAGGCUAGCCGCCCUGGCCACCUACGAGAAUUUGGGCCACCAGGAGCCCUCUUCCGGCGGCUGUGACACUCUUGCUGACCACCACCUCAACCCCAGCGAGUCGACGGAGCUUGUGGGGUCAACGCGGUCCCGAGUAUGGAGAAGCCUGCUCUUGGGCACUGUUGGGGUCAUGCUUCUGGUGGCUGCUGGCAUUGCCACAGUUAUAGUUACACGCAGUCCUUCCACUGCAGCGCCCGAGACCUCGGCAUUAACAGCCACUCCAGGUGGCAUAGAUCUAGCAGAGGUGCUAAAUGGAACCUUCUCAACAGAGUCCUUCAAUGGCACGUGGAUCUCUGAUAACGAGUUCUUGUACCGGCCUGAAUCGGGAGCCCUUAACAUUUUCACAGUGGCGACACAAUUAUCUGACGAGUUGGUCAGUGAAGAAGUCAUGAGUGAAUGGCGUCCAUUUAAGUACAGUCUCUCGCCUAGCAGGAAGUAUCUCCUCAUGGUUCACGAUGUUCAAAAGCUGUUCAGAUAUUCCUAUUUGGCCCGUCACACCAUUCUCAACCUGAAGACUGGAGAAACCAUCCCGCUUGCUCCAACUCGAGUGAGGUCAAGACUUGAUCAGCCACCUCUACUGUAUGCCACCUGGGCUCCUACUGAUGAUGCUAUGGCCUUUGUAUCACACAAUGACUUGUACUACACCACCGGCCCUGAUCUGGACACCAUGUAUAGACUCACUGACACUGGCCAGAUUGGCAGCAUCUUUAACGGCAUACCUGAUUGGGUGUAUGAAGAGGAAAUUCUGAGCUCCAAUUCUGCUUUAUGGUUCAACUCCAAUGGUAAGCGCCUUGCCUUUGCUACCUUCAAUGACUCUCACGUGGAUACUAUGAAUUUCCCUCUUUACGGUCGUCCUGGAGACUUGGCAUUCCAGUAUCCAAUUCAACAAUCCAUCAAGUACCCCAAGCCUGGUCGUGCCAAUCCCGUGGUGGACCUGUGGGUAGUUGACCUCUCCAAGCUGGUGAGCGGUAGUGGAGAGACGGUGACGCGCCUGCCUCCUCCCAACUCCUUGGCGGCACUUGAUCAUUACUUCACCUCUGUUGGCUGGGCAACUCCGGAUAAAGUUUCCAUUAUAUGGAUGAAUAGACAUCAGAAUGUGAAUACCAUUAGCAUAUGCUCAGCAGACACUGGUGCGUGCACUGAUGAUCUGGUACACGAGUCACCAGAUCAUGCCUGGAAUGACCUCUACACUGCACCUAUGUUUGAUAAGGUUAAUGGAGACACUUACCUCAUCAUUAUGCCCACAGUUCAGGGAGAUCAGGGAAAUUUCAAGCACAUUAACAUUCGGAAAUCAUCGGACAAGACCUUGAUUCCCUUGACAACUGGGACAUAUGAAGUUGUAGAUAUUCUCUCAUGGGACCAGACUAAUCAUAUUAUAUAUUUCACAGCUGCUCCUGCUGGAAAACCUGGUCAACGACACAUAUAUUAUGUUGGCGAUCUUAAUUCUACUCAGCCUAAGCAAGCAUAUUGCAUUACCUGUGGCUUCAAAAAUGACUUCAACGAAGACUGCAAUUACAACAGUGCCGAGAUGAGCGAGAAAAGUACCUACUAUGCACUAACUUGCAGUGGCCCGGGAAUUCCACAAGUAACCAUGCAUCGUUCUUCUGACCAUUCUCGCCUCUUGUUGUUGGAGGACAACCAAGAGGUUCGGGAAAAACUUCUAGAUCGAUCAUUGCCUUUAGAAAAACGUCUGGAAAUUGAUGUAGCCGGAGGAUUCAAGGCACAAGUGUCGAUGAAGCUGCCACCGGAUUAUAAUCCUACUCGUUUCCAGUCUUAUCCCAUGCUGGUUUAUGUGUAUGGUGGUCCAGGUUCCCAGCUUGUCAGUGACAAAUUCAAAAUUGAUUGGGGUGAUUAUUUGGCAUCUGAAAGAGGAAUUAUAUAUACAUCAAUCGAUGGUCGUGGCUCUGGAUAUUCUGGUGAUAAACUCCUCCAUGCACUUUAUUAUGGUUUAGGAACGGGAGAAGUAGAUGACCAGCUUGCUGUCACAGCCGCUCUUCAGAAGUCAUUCCCAUUUAUUGAUUCCUCUCGAACUGCUAUUUGGGGAUGGUCAUAUGGUGGUUAUGUUACUGCAUCUGUUCUGUCAAAAGACGUUAAUAAUAUUUUCAAGUGUGGUAUCUCUGUAGCACCUGUUACAUCUUGGAUUUAUUAUGAUACAGUUUAUACUGAGCGAUACAUGGGACUACCAACACCCGAGGACAAUUUUGCUGCUUAUGACUAUUCUGAUGUGACUAGGAAUGUAUCCAACUUCAAAAACAAAGAGUUCUUCCUUAUUCAUGGGACUGCUGAUGAUAAUGUCCACUACCAGCAGUCUAUGAUGCUGUCCAGAGCUUUAGAAGUUGAAGAUAUUCUCUUCAGGUCACAGAGCUAUCCAGACGAGAACCACGGCUUAGCGGGUGUAAAAAGACAUCACUAUCAUUCCAUGGAAGACUUCCUUGAUGACUGCUUCAACAAAACUUAACUAUCAUCAGGUUUUAUCAGAGUUGAAGGACUAUCUGUGAAAGUUACAUUAAAGUUGUGUGCGAGUAUUGUUGGCAUUAAAUGCUACAUCAGUCCAGCUUUUCUUAAGUGAUACAACCAUUAGUUUGGUUUAGUAUUUUUUUAAUUUCUUGAGUAAUUUUUAAUUAGUUACAUGAAACGGAAGAUCAUUUGGUUAAUAGUAUCUCGAGUAGCUUGAGCAUUAUUAUUUUUAUUGACUAAAUUUAAUAAUCAUUUACAUUCCAUUUUAAAAAAUCACAUCAUUCCAGAUUGAGCUGUAAUUAGAUCAGUCUACCUUUUUACUUGUACCUAUAAAACUUUCCUGUGUAUAUAUUAAAAUCGGCAGUAUUUAUCUGCUGACUGUAUAGUGUAUAGCAUUUAAAUGUUCACACUAUGGAUAUACUAAAUGUAUUUAGUACUCAUUAUCUAUGAGAAACUCAUGCCAACUAAUUACCUAAAUGUUUGCUACAUAUUAGCUGAUAAUUUAGUCUUAUCAACCAUUCAAGUUUUUUUAUAUUGGUAUUGUGCAAUACAUAAGUUUACCAAAGCAGGGAGGGGAUCCAAGGUUAGGUUUUUUUGGUGAAAAAUAUGUACUGUAAACAAAAUUUUGCAGACAUUUUUAAAAGGGUUGGCAUAGUGAUUACAGGUAGUCCUAUAAAUACACUUUAUAAAAGAAAUACAUUUUUUAAAUAAGC